ACGCGCCCGCCCGUAAACCGUUAGGUCCGCGCACCUCUUGCUGCCUCGUGUGCGUGUGCGGAUGUGGCUGCCGCCGCUUGAAACAUUUGAUGUCGUCUUCCUCACUUCUCUGUGCUUCGGCUGCGUGCGCAGGCAUUUCCCUUUUCCAGUCCACACGGUCAACGUCCUCGAAGGCAACGGUUAUGCGAGCGGGCCCCUCCAUGGACCUCAUCUGUCCGGCCGCUCUGCUGGCUAAAGCCAUCGGCCUUUAUAUCUGAUGACUGAGGAAACAUUCUUUGGAAAUGUUGCAGGGAAAAGUAUGGUGCCUUAGGCUUCUGCCAAUUCCUUUACUGAUCAUCAUCCUUGCUGCGUACAACUCCUCUUAUGGCGUGCUUGGACGCUAUGGUAUUGUUAGCCAGUCUUGGAACACUACUAAAAUGGAAUGCAAUGGCAAGUGGGAGAGCCUCAACUUAAAAAUAAACAAAACGACUAAGCUUUUUCUAAAACUGGAGGAUUUUUUCUGGAGGAAAUAUGUGUCCCAGCAACCUUUACCAUACGGCAUCAAAGGAAGUGAGCUGUUGUUACUCAAAGUUCUUUCUGCAACUAAAAGUUAUGACAUGCCCGCUCACAUUGAAAGCCUUGAAUGCAGAACGUGUGUAGUGGUGGGAAAUGGCUUUGCCAUCAAAAACACCUCCCUGGGAAGGAUCAUAAACAACUAUGACGUAGUCAUAAGGUUAAAUGAUGCUCCAGUUAGGGGCUAUGAGGAGGAUGUGGGAAACAAGACCACUUUGAGGAUAUUUUAUCCCGAGUCGGCCUCCUCCAACCCCAGGUUGCACAAUGAGGAGGACACACUGAUGGUCUUGGUGCCUUUUAAACCAGAUGAUCUUCGCUGGCUUAAAGAGAUCCUCUAUGAUGAGAAAAGGGUCAGGAAAGGCUUUUGGAAGCCCCCUCCUCUAAUCUGGCUGGGUCAAAGUAGUAAAGUGAGAGUGUUGGACCCAUACUUCAUGCAGCAGACUGCAAACAAACUGCUCCAGUUUCCUCUGGCACCAAAAAAGGGUCAGAACCAUUUUCAUCCCACCACAGGGCUUCUUGCUGUGUUUGUGGCUCUCAAUUACUGUGACAUGGUCCACAUUGCUGGUUUUGGUUAUCCCCCAAAGAGUGACAAGCGGCAACCCAUCCAUUACUAUGGAUACCAUACUAUGAAAUCUAUGAAGAACUCUCCACAUGAUGUCAGUCGUGAAGGCCGAGCCUUGAAAAGGUUGGAGGAUUCAGGAGCGGUCAUGUACCUGCACCGACACCUGUGACACUGGCUGCUCCAGUUCUGCUCCCUUUACUUUAUAGCCACUGCACAAUGAGCAGAUAUUGCAUUAGAAUGUAUUUUCAUUUGGUUUCUGACCUAAAAUGGAUAAACUGAUUUUUGCCUUGGGACUUGUGAAUUAAAGUGGUUCAAAUCAAAUGAGGGGUAGCAUAACGACUUCAAUGUGAGGUUUACUGUGAUACUUUAGCUGAGCUUUCUCACCUACACGACUCUUACUACAGUUCAAGACUAAUUCCAGUCUUUGGCGGCAGACAGGAAAUCCUGUUACACUUUAAGAAAACCUUGUAGAUUUGCAGCUCUGAAAAUGUUUGUUUCUUUAAAGAUUUCAUGUAGAUUUCUAAGCUGGUGCGUUAAUCUUUCUGCAGUUGUCAAAUUAUUUUGGCUCCAAGUUUGUAGAAUCUUUUUUCCCCCCUGCAUUUUAAAUAAACAUAACCUACAGCUUUAUUUUACCCUGUAGCCUGGACUGAUAUUGAUAUUUACUAAUUUACAUAAAUAUGGCAAACUUGUCGUCAAAUGUAUUUUUGUAUUCAGAUAAAAUGUAUUUUUUUAUGAUUUUCUUUUUUAAAUUAAAGGCAUUUAACUGAA